AUGGACAGAGGGAUGUGUAAUUUCCGAGCCUUUUUCGCUGGCUUUCGGAGAAGAGAGAAUCAGUCCGCAAAUUAUGCAUCCCCAGCCAAGGAGUGUAUGAUUAAAUUGGUUUGGCCAAGUGGUAGGAGGAGAUUCUGCCUUGUCGCCUUCUGGUAA